AUGUCGCAAGGAACGCUCCCCUCCGACCUCCCGGGUUGGGUUCGCAGCUCCGAGCCCCAGGCCCACGUGUUUCCCCCGAGCGUGCCAGAUUGGAACAAUCUCAAGGUCCUCCAUCGGAACACGUUGCCGCCUCGCUCCCACUUCUUUGUGUACAAGGACAUUGAGGAUGCGCGCAAAGGCGAACUCGCUCUCGCCAAGAGCCAGCUGCUGUCAGGCCAGUGGCUAUUCAGCCUCUCAAAGAGCCCCUAUGACGGCACCGUCGACUUCUACAAAUACACGCCCCAGGAGCUGGCUGACAUGCCGGGAUGGGGGACGCAGCACAACAGGAUCAUGGUGCCGGGGUUUUGGCAGCUCCAGGGGUACGGACGAGGCCCUCAGUAUGUCAACUAUAACUACCCCUUUCCCGUGGAUCCGCCUCGUGUGCCCAUCGAUGACAACGAAUGCGGCCGCUACGUGACGUGCUUCAAGCUGGACCCCGUGGAAGAUAAGGACCAUCAGAUCCGACUGCGUUUUGAGGGCGUCGACUCGGCCUUUACGGUCUGGGUGAACCAUCGUGAUGUCGGCUACUCGCAGGGUGCCCGCAAUCCCAGCGAGUUCGACAUCACGUCCUUUGUCCGCUUUGACGGUGUCAACCUUCUCCAUGUAGAGGUCUACCAGCGCUGCGACGGCAGCUACCUCGAGGACCAAGACCAAUGGCGCUUCAGCGGCAUCUUUCGUGAUGUCUGGUUGCACAAGUUCCCCAAGAUCCAUAUCGAGGACUUCCACGUGCAGACCUUGCUUGAUGACAAGUACCAGGAUGCCACCCUACUCGUGGAGGUCCAGCUCAAUGGACAUGCCACUGUCGAGUUGAGUCUGGAGGAGCUUCAUAAGACCAAAGUAACGGAGGAGAACAAGAAGCCGGAGGUGAUCAUCGUGGCACAAGCGACUAAGGAGGGCUCAGGAACCAUAACCUUCCAAGUACCUGUCGCAAAUCCCCGCAAAUGGACUGCAGAAACACCGUACCUGUAUAGACUGAUAUUGAACGUUCCAGGAUGUGUCGUGGCCGAACGUGUGGGCUUUCGCAAGGUCGAGCUGCUUGAUGGUGUCUUUUGCGUCAAUGGCCAGCCGGUCAAGCUGCGAGGCGUGAAUCGCCACGAGCAUCAUCCCAAGUACGGCCGGACGGUCCCUUAUGACUUCCUCAAGGCCGAUUUGAUCCAGAUGAAGCAGUACAACGUCAAUGCCAUCCGGACGUCUCACUAUCCUAACGACUACAGGCUGUAUGAGCUCGCUGACGAGCUGGGCUUGUGGAUCCUGGACGAGUGUGACCUCGAGUGCCACGGGCUGUUCGUUGUUGGCGGUGACGGUUCCCAGUACACCUCCAACAAUCCGGACUGGGAGGAAGCGUACGUCGAUCGCGCUCGCCAGAUGGUGAUGCGCGACUUCAACCGACCUUGCGUUGUUCUGUGGUCUCUCGGCAACGAGGCCGGCUACGGUAGAAACCAUGCCGCCAUGUACAAGUGGAUCAAGGGUGUCGACAAGAGCCGCCUUGUCCACUAUGAAGGCGACUGGAACGCCGAAUCGGCCGACAUUCUCAGCAGGAUGUACUUUUCGGUGCACGACAUGGAGAAAUUUGGCAAGGAACAAUCGUGGACCAAGCCUGUCGUCCUCUGCGAGUACGUGCAUGCCAUGGGGAACGGCCCGGGCAAUAUUCAGGAGUACAUCAAUCUCUUCUACCAGUAUCCGCGGCUCAUGGGCGGUUUUGUGUGGGAAUGGGCAAAUCAUGGCCUAGCUACGAAAACAAAAGAUGGAAUACCAUACUACGCUUACGGCGGAGAUUUUGGCGACGAACCCAACGAUUAUAACUUCGUGAUGGACGGUUUGUGCUACUCGGACCAUCGUCCCGGCCGUGGCCUGGUCGAGUACAAGAAGGCGAUCGAACCAGUGCAGACGCUUGGGGUAGAAGGGACCCGGGUGCGUAUCGUCAACCGCUACGACUUUCUCACGCUUGACCACCUCGAGUGCCGCUGGGCCAUCAUCUCGGAUGGGACACCAGGGAUUGUGGAAGACGAUUUACCGAUUCCGAAGGGUAUCCAACCCCACACCGAGGCGCUGAUUGAGAUACCCAAACUCGCGCAGCACUUGCCCCCUGACGCACACUUGAACUUGACCUUCUCUCUCGCCGAAGCGACAAACCUGCGCCUCACAUACAGCCUUAGUGCUCCGAAGCCGGUCAAGAUUGAGAUGCCGCACAGCUCGCAGCUGCUAAUCUCUGGAGGCAGCAGCGUGGCGUGGAAGUUUGACCUCCGCAUCGGCGGCCUUGUCAGCUGGGAGAUUGUAGACACAAGGAACGCCAGCCGUUCUUUCAAUAUCCUGACGGAGCCGAUCGUGUUUGACAUCUACCGCGCGCAGACUGACAACGACAGGGGCUGCGACUUUGGCAGAAACUGGACCGGCCGCCGCCUUCACCAGGCUAAGCAGCACGGAGUCGAGUCCAGCUGGGCGUACAAAGAAGAUGGCACGCUCGAGAUCAUGUCCAAGACGCGCAUCAUGCCGCCGUCGCUGAACUGGGCCCUGGAAGUCACGGCAACCUACCGCUUCACCAACGAUGCCGUUGGGAUCCGGGCCCAUGCAAAACCGACGGGCAACGGACUGCCGCGUGCGUGGGGCCGGCUCGGCCUGGUCACGGCAGUCGAGGGAUGUGACCACGUCCGGUGGUUCGGCCGGGGCCCCGAUGAGAGCUACUGCGACAAGAAGCUGAGCCAGCUGGUGGGUACCUGGGAGCUGCCGGCCGACGAGCUGGUGACGGAGUACGAGUUUCCCCAGGAGAACGGCAACCGGACGGACGUCCGCUGGGUCGAGCUGUGGACGGACGGCCGAAGAUCGCUGCCGGGCCGCCGGCGCCUGCUACGAGCCCGGUACGGGGCGUUCGAGGGCGCCAGCUUCUCGGUGCUGCCGUAUUCUGCGCGCGACCUGGACGACUGCGGGCACCCCUAUGAGCUGCAUGACAGGUGGAGGAAGGACAGGGUGGUUCGCCUGGACUGGAUGCACCACGGGCUCGGCACGGGCAGCUGUGGGCCGGAAACCCUGCCGCAGUAUGCGCUGGACGCAGGGAGAGAGUACGAUGUGGAGGUGGUGCUGGAGUGA